GCUGUCACAACCACUCUGUACUCACUCUUACAUUUACAUUCUCUCAAGUAUCUACAAAAAUUAUAUAUUUUUUCACUUUGAUUCCCAUUGGAAAGAGCCCGGAGACCGGAGAGGUCAAGAUAGCAGUGGUGUAUCGCCAAGAACAGACCUAGUCGGGCUUUUGAAUUAAGGUAUUAAGAUCUCUUGGAAUGGCCUUCGUAGCGCGUCGUAGCAGCGAUGGCAAGGUUGUGGACCGCCAGCCAGUAUCCUGGAGGAGCAGCAUGCCCAUUUCAGAUAUCAGCGACGAGGAUGAUACUGGAUCCAUGCUGGGCUACACGAAUCGCACAUUCAGAGCUCCCGAAACCGUCAGGUUUGUGGGUGAUGGAGGCGACGCCGACGGAGCUUUAGACCCAGAUUCGCCGAAGGAAGCCCAAUCGGAUUUUAAGGUCAAUAUAAUCAAGAAAAAGGAAAUGGUUGCUGAGCUGGAAUACCAGGAAGAUGGCGGCGAUGCAUCUGGCAGCGACGUCGACUCAAUCAUGAGUUUCUGCCAGCAACUGGACGAGGAAGAAGCCAGUGACAUGAUGUACAACCUGACAGGCUCACAGGAUCAAGAGGAUCUGCAGGACCUGCAGGAUCAAGAAGAUACAGAUAAAGAGAGCGACAUAAUGACAAUGAUGGGCAAGCCAGAAGAUCUAGCAUCCAUGACGGAUACAGAGACCGUGAUGAACGUCAAUGAUGAUUCAAUGAGCAUGUCUUCAUUCGGCAGCUUUACGCCCACAGUGACCGAGAGCAUCGGUGGGGAUGACAAUCUGGACAAUAUCAGUGGCAGGACCUUCUUUACGCCAAACACCCGCGAAGAAACCAAGGCUAUUCCUCAACCAGAUGCCGUCAGUGAAGCCGAUCAGGGCCAGCUUUCGAGUCGCACCUUCGACAUGAGCAUUCGGGGUAGCCACCGUCUCCACGAUGGCUCCUCGGUGUCCACUUGCAGCUGGACGGACAUGUACGGUGAGGCCCUACAGCCUUCCGACAAUCGCAGCAACGUGGUGCCAUCCCUGAGUCUGGCUAGCGUCAACUCCGACACGUCCACCUAUUACAAGAAUCUGGAGGAGGUCAAGGAGCGGCAGGGCCAGGCGGCCUACGAAGACUGGAAGGCCAGGAAGGCGGCUCAAAAACAGCAGAAGAUCCUGGCCGCAAAGCGGGAGCGAGAGAAGCGAGAAGCGGAGGCGGUUCUUCGCCAGAAGCUAGCCCAGGAACGGUUUCAGGAGUGGUGCCGUCGCAAAGAGGAACAACAACAGAAGGAACACAAGGCUCCGGUCCGGAAACCGGGAAAUACCAGCGCCAGCUUAAGCCAGCCGAGCUCUGGAAACUCUACCGCCACUAGCUCCAUUUCUGGAAAAGGUUUGGGAUCGCCACCAGCGAGACCAACACGGCGAGUGGCACCAGAAGUAACCAAGAAGCGACUUAAGGAAUGGGAGCGGGUCAAGUUGGAGCAACAACAGCAGGAACGGGAACGGCUGCGGAAGCAGCAGGAGUUCAAGACAAAGCAGGAGGAGGAGCGCAAGAAGAGAUCGCAGGGCGCCUGGAACAAUUGGAUGAAGCAGGUGGACAAGCGGGCCAAACCCGUUCCACUAAAUCAAGGAUUCGACACUCUGCGCGGCACCAUCUCCAACAUCUACAUCAAUCCCGUCCAGUGGGUGUCCAACAUUGAUCCUCCCAAGACCGGUCGCAGUCACUAAUUUUUCCCUGAAGGUCCAUUAUUCUUAUAUGCUUUAUUUCGUCAAACUUUUAAGCUAAAAACCAAAAAAAUCCCCCAAAAAAAUCGUUUCUAGGGGCUUUGCCCCUCGGUUGAAGUGCCUAGGUAGUAUUGUGCUGAGAACCAGGGUUGCUGGGCCACCCGAUAAAUUUUAAAAUAUUUUGUUUAUUGGAUAAUGGCGGUAUUGUCUGCAAAGAUUUGUCUUUUCCAAUAAACUAAAAAAUAUGGAACAUUA